AUGAAAUCGACGAUGCUUGGACGAAAAUUUUGUAGACCAUCGCCGUCGUUGAAGCAAACACAGCUGGCAGUGCCCGGUGUGCCUGGUGUCUCCGGUGUGACGACGGACGAAACCGUAUCCGAGAGGUGUACCAAUCGAGAAGAUUAUGUGUCCAGUGGUUCGUUAGCUGGGAGUAUAGCUAGUGCCAGCAGCGGUUUCGGCAGUCUUCCCAAAAAGAGGCCUGCCCUCUUCUCCUCGGAGCUGCUCAGCGGGACGGAGUCGUACGAUCCAAUGACCCUAAGCGAGAUCGUACCACAAGCUCUUCCAGUGGAGAUUCUAACUGAAGCGCACACAGAAUCGGGCCAUUCUCGUAACAGCAGCAACACCAGUCAACUGAGCAAAGGCUCCGGCUAUGGAUCUUUAAAUUCACACAGUCAGCACAGUAGACAGAGCAGUAGUGGUGACAGUGGCCAUAUUAGGUCACCCUCCUGGCCGGUAUGGGCUCCACGUAUUCCCAAUGUCUCCCAAAAAUCUUCAAAUCAGCAACCUGCCAGACCCGAAACCUCUCUCGACUCCGAGUCUCCAUCUUCGUCUUCCUUGAUGCUGUUGGACCCACGUAAUCGGUUCUGGUCAACGUCCAGUCCUCUUUCGUCGCGCGAGAGGACAUCGGUCACGCGAAAUUCUCUGAGAUCUAGUAUAGCGGCCGUUCCCUCAUCGAACGAUCAGAAUGAAAUAAAUCAAUCGAAAAGUAGCGUCGUUUCGAGUAACAUGAGUCGUGUUAACGAAGAUCUGGGCAACGACGUUGGCGUAUUUAGAGUGCCGGGGCCGCAGGACAACAACGUAGUGGCGUCGACUGUAAAGCCGAGAAUCGGUCAACCAGGUUGGAGAAGUAUUUCGAAAACCUGCGACUGUAUCGAGAAAGGUAAAAUCAGUCCGGUUUUACGACUAGCCGACCAGGCCAGAGCCGUAUCCUCUCCUGAUCCUCUUCAUAGGCCCGAUAACCCCAGAGCCUCGCUACGUUCCGCGACGACCGCUCAGACCCUCAGGGGUAUCGGCGGAAGUCACCGGAAGUUGCUGGACGGGGCGGGGGGCAAGCUGGCUACGGUCGCCACCAGCCCAGCGGACUCCGAGGAGUCCUCCUUAGGGGUUCCGGAAGUUGCUCCACCGAGCUCCCAGCACCGAAACAGCAUAACCCCACCUGCUCGGGAAAGCAAAGAGAGGAACAAGGAAACACGAGAGAAUAAUGAUGCAUCGUUAUCGUUGGCUCGUCUUUUGCGUAGAAAUCCUUCCGGAGGCUCGGGUUUGAGCGAAACGGGAUCUCUGGACCGGGCGAAAGCCGCGCUGGAGCGCAGGAAAAAGGCCGAGGAUGGCACAGGAAAUCCAAUCUUGUGCAGGGUCGAGGUGACCAGGCCAAACCCGGAUUCUCUGAUCGACGAACUGAUCAAAGCAACGAAUUUGGAGCAAACCGAUCUUGAGAGCUCCGAAACGACUGGACUUCAGCUAUUCAUAGCGAAAGACGGGACAACCGCGCUCGGCAGCCACGAAAUCAAAAGUCAGAUGCCCGCGGGUGUGUUCAAGCAGGUAGUGAUGGAGGAAAAUAAUAGGUAA